AUGAACUUGGCAUAUGUUCUUGGCCAGAGAGUUGAGGAUGAAGAAGAAGAGGCAGAAGCACCAUUACCUGAGGACACAUCUAUGGAUCAUAUCUUUUCAGAGCUGGAAUCAGAUGAUGAUGAUGAUCCUAAGUAUCAACUAUCUCAGGUUGAUGAUCGGCUUAAGUCUUUAGAAGAGAAGCUUGUUGAGUUAAAGGUAUCACAGGACAAUCUGGUUGAAAGUCAUAAAUCUUCCAUGAAAUAUAUGCGUAAAGAUAUGCUUUCAAAGGCUACAACGGAAAACAAUAACUGUUCAGUUGGUUCACUUCUAGAAGCACAAAAUGCUGAAGGACAAACUACCCUGCAUCUGACUUGCAGGCGGGGUUGGGCAGAACUCGUUGAAACUAUUUUAGAGUACAAAGAGGCUGAUGUGGAUGUCUUAGAUAAAGACGGAGACCCUCCAAUUGUGUUUGCUUUAGCUACUGGAUCCCCAGAAUGUGUCCGUGCUAUUAUCAGAAUAUCUACUAAUGAUACUUCUACACUGAAGGACGGCUUUGGUCCAUCUAUUACUCAUGUUUGUGCUUUCCAUGGCCAACCAGAUUGCAUGCGUGUCAGUGUUGGCCAUGGACAUGGGUAUGAGUUACAGUGUCUUUUAAAAGCAGAUUCGGUAACAUAUCCAUAA